AUUGUAGCCGCGUCAAGCAAUAGUAACGCUACGUCACGUUUUCGUUGAUGAUUCUUGACGAGCGAUUAUCCAGAGAUCGAUGUGAUUUGAUUGAUAACUGUCCACAGGAAUUAUGAACUCAUUAGGUCUACAGACAUAUGUGGAAUUGUUCCAUUUUCCAUCAUUGGCUCAGUCGAAUGUUUUCAACCUAACUUUUCUGAAGUCUGAUGCUGCAAAACGAUCAAAAACUAGUCGAAAAACGUACGACAUACUGGUCGCAUUUUUCCGUCCAGUAAGCGAUCCACUAGCCAGCAAAUAUUCCUUUAGUAUACACCAUUUCGAUGUAGAAGACAAAAUUAUUCAGCCACUAACUAAAACCAUUGAUUUUGCCUAUUUACCAGGUGCCUCAGACAUAGUUUGCAUUAAUGCAUUACAUGACGAAAUAACUGACGAAUACUUCGUUGCUAUUGGCUUUGUAAAGGAAGGCGAAAAAGGAUACCUUAAUAUAUACAGAUCUAAGUCAGAAGAAAAGCUAUCGGAAAACUGCUUGAGUUAUUCCAAGUUACCUUGUGUUCCUCUUCAUUUGACUCAUGCACACUGUCUCAUCAAAGAUGAACAUCAGUGGGCAUUCUUUUUGUCUUAUGGUGAACCUUUUAGCGAAACUUCCAGUCAACACAAGCCUUCCAAUCAACCACAAGUCAAAAUAUUUUCCAAACUUGUUGAUACUAAUGUUUUUGAACAAGUUGAAAUUGAUCAAGAUGCAAAAAACUUCGAAUCAAAUCAGUCUCAAACCUGUCAUGCCAGUGCAGCCUAUGGUGAACUACCGUUUAAUAUUGCCGUAGUACUUUUCCCAGAGCUAACAAAAUUGCCAACAACAUUAAUUUUCUUACAUAUGGAUUUUAAAAUUAUAAAUAAUAUACGGUUUUCAGCUUUUGGCUCACAAGAUGGGUGGUUUGGUUUAUUCGCUGUGGACAUGAAAUCUCGUAGAACUAUACGACAUUUCUAUUUAUCUCAUGAAUCACCAAUCACAUCCAUUAAAAUAUUUCAACAGUUUAAUGGGUUUGAUUCUGCUUCAGAAGAAGUGAUCAAGGAUAAUGAAAAUGUGUCUAUUCUCAAGAAAGAUGUUAAUUGUUUAGUGUGUUCAGCUUUUGAACCAACUGUUGUUUAUUGUAAUAUCUUCAAAAAUAAUGGCUUCAGUGUACAAAAUCAGUUAAUUUUACCAUUUAGCACAGAUUUUGAUCAUGUCAAUUGUGCUUCAGUCGAUGAUUUUAAUUUGGAUGGUAAAACGGAAAUUAUACUUGGAACAUUUGGACAACGAUUACUUUAUUAUGAAUGGGAGUUGAAUAAUACAGAUCCAAAAAAUGGACAAUUCAUAUUAAAAUUUCAACGUUCACUUCCUGGUCCAGUAUUUUGUAUAUCUCCUGCUUUAGAUCUAAUCGGUGAAGGUCCUCUAUCAUUAGCAGUUCUAACUAGUCGUGGACUACAUAUAUUUCAACAUGAUACAUAUUGUUUAAUCAAAGAAAUUCAUCAUAGAUUAGACAAUCAUUCACCUUUAAUACUUAAUUUGUAAAUUACUUUUUUAUUAUUUGUGAUUAUUUGCUUAUAUAUAUAACGGCCGUUUCGUUCUAGUGUGGGACUCCUCAGUAGUUCUCAUGCACGACCUCGCAUGCGGGACUCGAACAUAAGGAGUCCCAUACUAAAACGAAACGGCCGCCCUGUGCAUCCAGGUUUUCAUUGUGAAAAUUAAAACACAUGUAAUCAAACAAUUGCUUUCAAUUAGAUCAUCAUUAAGCUUUACUGUAAUAUACAUGAAUAUUUAUAUGAAAUUGUUAAACUAAUCAAGGCAAUUUGAGUCAAUAAUCACAAUAAAAAAGGGGUUAAAUGUGUACAGAAAAAAUUCGUGAACCCCCUAUCCCUUCCAUGGCCAGUUGUAACUUAACAAACGACAUUAUUUUUUUAUUUUUGUUAUCAUUAACAUAAUUUUCACAUUUGGUAUUUGAUUGUAAUUUUCCGCCUCUUUCUGUUUGUAUUCUUCACUAUCUAAUUAUUUAUAUACUUCUUAUUACGUAAUGGUUUUAAUGUGUUAUGAUGAUUAUUCGAAGUAUAUUCACCUAAGUUUGGCAUUCUAUUUCCAAUGUUUAACUAUUGAUAAGACUUUUGUUUUCGUAUUUUAUUAUUCUUACUACUAUCAGUACACCUACCUUCCUUUUAUCAACUUGUACUUUUACCUAUUAUGCUUGGUGACUUAUUCUAUUUCAUUGUGAUUUUUGACCUUAAUUACCUUGAUUGAUUUAACAUUUCCGUAUGAAUAUUCAUGUAUAUUAGAAUAAAGCAUGGUGACGAUCUAAUUGAAAAAAAAUUGUUCGCUUAUAUGUGUUCUAUAUAUAUACUGCUACCCCAGAGCUACCCUGUUCGAGUUUCGAUUCAUCUAGACUUAGCUUUUUUUGAGCAUCACUGAAUUUCCAGUAAGGUGGCUAAACUUCUUAUGGCAAUCCGUUGCAAUCUACUGGAAAACUGAUUUCACAUUUGUACAUUUCUUAAUUGUUCAUUUAAUUUGUUUUUUGUCAACUCCUAUUUUUAAGUAAUUCAACUAAAGAAAGAAGAUUUUGAGUAGAAAAAUCUAAAAAGGAAAACAUUUUAACUGUUGUAUUUCCAUUGUUUUUGUAAAUAGUCAAUAACCCCCCUCCCGAUCUAUCUUUGUCCAUAAACUUUAAAACAUUUACUAAAUCCUAAUAUUGUGAAGUUAUAUAAUCAUUUCUUUCUGGAUAAAUAAAUAACAUCUCUCUUCUCUAU